UUCUUCUUGCAGGUUCUGUCGCUUGUGGCAUUACCGAUUCAGUGGUUUCACAGUCUUUCCUUCUAUUCAUAUUUUGAGAAAGAGGCGCCAUUACCCAUACCCAUACACACAACGAGAGAAAAAUGUCCGAUCAAAUGGUGAAGUUCAGUGUUCUGUGCAGUAUGUUCAAUUGGAUGCAACGAAGCAAGUCAUCAGCACAGAAGCGUUCCAAGUUUCGUAAAUUCCUCGACAAUUUCUGCAAGCCAGGGUACUACUUCAGUGCUAUUCGAUUAAUUCUUCCGUCUCUCGAUCGAGAGAGGGGGACAUACGGCUUGAAGGAGUCUGUGCUCGCGACUUGUCUCAUUGACGCAAUCGGAAUGUCGAGGGAUUCGGAAGAUGCUCUUCGCCUCAUGAAUUGGCGCAAGGGAGGAGCGAAAACUGGUGCCAAUGCCGGCAACUUUGCGCUUGUCGCUGCUGAGGUUUUACAGCGCAGGCAAGGGAUGGCUUCUGGAGGACUAACAAUCAAGGAAUUGAAUGAUCUGCUUGAUCGACUGGCUUCAAGUGAAAAUAGGGCAGAAAAGACAAAUAUUCUUUCUGAUCUCAUCACAAAAACCAAUGCACAGGAAAUGAAGUGGAUUAUAAUGAUCAUUCUUAAAGAUCUCAAGCUGGGAAUUAGUGAAAAGAGCAUUUUCCAUGAAUUUCAUCCAGAUGCUGAAGACUUGUUUAAUGUCACUUGUGACUUGAAGUUAGUUUGUGAAAAGUUGAGGGAUCGAAGUCAGCGGCACAAACGACAGGACAUAGAAGUUGGAAAAGCUGUGCGUCCUCAACUUGCUAUGAGAGUUGCUGAUGCCAAUGCUGCAUGGAAGAAGCUGCAUGGAAAGGAAAUGGUCGUUGAGUGCAAAUUUGAUGGAGAUCGAAUCCAAAUUCAUAAGAAUGGCACAGAGAUACACUUUUUCUCACGGAACUUUCUUGAUCAUUCUGAAUAUAGACAUGCAAUGUCAACUAUUAUUAUAGAAAAUAUCCUGGUUGGCAGGUGUAUACUUGAUGGAGAAAUGUUGGUUUGGGACACAUCUACCAAUCGUUUUGCAGAGUUUGGCUCAAAUCAAGAAAUAGCAAAGGGAGCAAGGGAAGGACUAGACAGUGAUCGACAGUUAUGCUAUGUUGCAUUUGAUAUUCUUUAUGUUGGAGACACUAGUGUCAUCCAUCAGAGUUUGAAGGAACGACAUGAGCUUCUACGGAAAGUUGUAAGGCCUUUGAAGGGUCGUUUGGAAAUAUUAUUGCCUAACGGUGGUCUUGAUGCUCAUCAUCCUUUAGGGGAUCCAUGUUGGUCUCUUACUGCAAGUAGUGUGGAAGACAUUGAAAGGUUUUUCAAGGAAACUAUUGAAAACAGAGACGAAGGAAUUGUGCUGAAAGACCUUGGUUCUAAAUGGGAACCUAGUGAUCGAAGUGGAAAGUGGCUAAAGUUGAAACCGGAUUACAUACAUCCUAGUUCUGAUAUGGACAUUCUGAUCAUAGGAGGGUACUAUGGAUCUGGACGUCGAGGAGGAGAGGUAGCUCAAUUUUUGAUGGGCCUUGCGCAGCGUUCUGCCCCCAAUGUAUAUCCUAGACGGUUUGUUUCAUUUUGCAGAGUCGGAACUGGACUCUCCGAUGAAGAGCUUGACACUCUUGUUAACAAAUUGAAGCCCUACUUCAGGAGGAAUGAGUACCCAAAGAAGGCACCACCAAGCUUUUAUGAUGUAACACAUAAUUCAAAGGAGAGACCAGAUGUUUGGAUUGACAGCCCUGAAAAGUCGGUCAUACUCUCCAUUAGUAGCGAUAUCCGAACGAUCAGGUCAGAGGUAUUUGCUGCACCCUACAGUUUGAGGUUUCCUCGUAUUGACCGGGUGAGAUAUGACAAGCCUUGGCAUGAGUGCCUUGAUGUGCAGUAUUUUGUCGACUUGGUUCACUCAAGUAAUGGCAACACACAUAGGGGGACAGAUUAUGGAGCCCCAAAAGAUGAUAAACCAAAAAGAGUAAAAUCCUCGACUAGGGGAGGGAGAAAGCACAUCUCUGUUGUCCCUUCUCAUUUUAUUCAGACUGAUACCUCCAGGGUUAAGGAAACAACCUUCAUAUUUGCAAACAUGGUGUUUUACUUUGUCAAUGUGCCUCCAAUGCACUCUUUAGAUUUCUUUCACAAAAUGGUGGCUGAGAAUGGAGGUUCUUUCUCAAUGAAUCUGAAUGAUAUUGUUACUCACUGUAUUGCUGCUGAACAGAAAGGGAUCAAAUAUCAGGCAGCUAAGCUUCGUAGUGAUAUUAUUCAUUACUCAUGGAUUUUGGAUUGUUGCUCACAAAAGCGUCUCCUGCAUCUACAGCCAAAGUACUACCUUUUUCUCUCGGAUUCUUCAAAGAAAAUGUUACUGGAAGAAGUUGAUGAAUUCUCCGACUCUUACUAUUGGGAUCUUCAUGUUUCGGACCUUAAACAGCUCUUCAGAAACAUAGAAAGAUCAGGGGACCCCAAAAGUGUGGACUAUUAUAAGAAGAAGUACUGCCCAAUGGAGAAAUGGUGUCGGUUUCAGGGAAUUUGCAUUUAUUUCUGGCGUCCAUUACUCUCUAUAAGUAAAGAGUGGGAAGUCUUGCUGGAGCUUGCGGUGCGGAGGUUGAGGCUUGAAAUCUCUAUACGAGGUGGUGAAGUCACUGACAGUCUUUCACAUGCUACUCAUUUGGUAGUCCUUUCAGAACUAGGUUCUUGUGUGGACUUCGAUACCAUAUUCAAGAGUUUCUCAGCACCAGAUGAACAUCUUGUGAGGAACAAGCGGUUGCAUGUUGUGGAGUAUCAGUGGUUAGAGGAUUCCUUGGAAAAGGACCAAAAGUUGCAAGAGGAGAAAUAUAGUUUAAAGCCCAGUGGAUUCGAUAACUUACUUAUUGAUCGGAGCAAAAAUGACCCCGAAGUUCUUCAGGAGCUGGUCAAUGCUGAAACCAAAAACAUAGUUUCUGAAAGGGUUGAGGGAUGGAGUAGAGGCAGACAUACUCCGGAGAGUCAGAGAAUUUCAGCAUUCACUGAGAAGGAUGAAAAACAGAGAAGGGGCAGACCUAGGCGCAUAAACACAAAGAGAGGAGGAGCAUGUUCAAGACGAGUGCAGAGAACACGAGCAAGGCUUGGAAAUAGACGGGCAAAAAUAGAUGAGUAUGAAUCAGAUAGCUCUGCUUCCUCACGUGAGCCCAUGACUAAGGAAGACUUGGGAGCAGCAAGGGAGCCUGAUGAUGUUCAUAGAAUAGGCUCAGAAAACAUGGAAAGCCAAGUGAGUGAAAGACCUGAAGGUUCUGAGACAUCACACAGAGGUGAUGUAGCCAAAGAGGGGGCUGCUGAAGCUGCUAGAAGGAAACAAUUGUUUGAUAAAGCUCAUAUGAUUGACUUUGGUGGUUCUGGUGAUGGUGAGAAGAUCGAAGGGUCAGGUAACUCGUGUAUAGCCAGAGAAGACGGGAAAGACAACUUGGGAAAGUUAGAAAUGAUGAUAGAUCCAGUUCAAUCUAUGCUACUAAACAUGAUUCCAAGUCUUGGGAUGACACAAGUUGAGAAUACAAAUUCUGGUCUCCAAGAAACAAAUUCUGUUCAAGAGGAGAAACCACGGGUGGAUUCUGAUGCAGAGCCUGUAAAGAAGAAAAAGAAGGUCAGCUACAAGGAUGUUGCUGGUGAUUUACUCAAGGAUUGGUAAAAUCUCAUUAUCUUGCUUUAUCGAGUUGUUUUGUUUUUGUUUGCAUUAAAAUGUUUCGUUAACCAAAUGAAAGUGUUAGCAAUGGUGUUUCUACUAAAUAAACCAAGAUUUUUCAGAGUUACCCAUGACA